AUGCAAGUUCUUCUCCUCGGUGGUCACGGCAAAGUCGCCUUGCGAUUGACCCCGCUGCUACUCAACCGCGCCUGGAACGUCACCAGCGUGAUCCGCAACCCGGACCAUGAACCCGAGAUCCUUGCGUUGGGCAAGGGCACCAAGGGCAAACUCAACGUCCUGAUCUCCAGCCUGGACGAUGUCAAGAGCGACGCCGACGCAAAGAAGAUCCUGGACGCCGUGUCCCCGGAUUAUGUCGUGUGGUCUGCCGGCGCUGGCGGAAAAGGCGGUCCGGAACGGACCUUCGCGAUAGACGAACGAGCCGCCAAACACUUCCUCUCGGCAUCCUUCGCCUCGCCGCGCGUCACCAAGUUCCUGAUGGUCUCCUGGCUCGGCAGCCGGCGGGUGCAUCCCAGCUGGAUGGCCGACUCGGACUGGGCCGGCGUCCAGAACGUCUUUAACAACGUGCUCCCCGCCUACGCCAAAGCCAAGCUUGAGGCUGACGAGUACAUGACUGCGCUGGCGGCGCGGCGCAAGACCCAGGUGCGCGACGGCACGGCGAGCCCGCUCCAGGCUAUCAACCUGCGUCCCGGGACGUUGACGGACGAGCCGGCGACCGGGAAGGUCGAGUUGGGGACGACGCCCGGCCGCAGUAAGGUGACGAGGGAGGACGUGGCCAUCGUGGCGGAUCGGCUGUUGGCGCGCGCCGACACCGACGGCUGGUAUGACCUGGUGAACGGGGAUGAGCCCAUCGACGAAGCGGUGGAGCGUGUGGUCAGGGACAAGGUGGAUGCGGUGGAGGGAGAGGAUGUCGAUGGUAUGGUGAAGCGCUUCUUUCCUUGA